ACGACGACGAGGAGAGACGACGACGACGGCGACGACGACGACGACGAAAGACCACGACGACGGCGUCGACAAAAAGCAACCUACAACAAACAACUGGCAACGCGGAUCGUUGCGGUUAAGAGUGGCAGGCAGCAGCAAGUCGCACGUAUUGCGGCAACAACAACAUCGACAACAACAACAACAACUAAUAAUGCAAUAAAAGCAGCAGCAAGCAAGCACCAAUAACAACAACAAGAAAAACAGCUGAUAGCAAAAUAGAAACGAAACAACAGCAAGCAAACAGGCAAAAGCUUUGCAUUAUCAAGCGAGCAACAGGUCUCGGAGCAGAGCGCACACACGCUGCUGCAGCGGCACAAACACAGACACACACACACACACACUCUCACAGAGGGCGAGAGAGUAUAGUCGCACACCUUUUGCGUUGAUUUUGGACACUGUGUGUUGUGUUGUAUUGUCGCGCCCGCUCGCUCGUUGGUUUUAGCUUGCGCUCACACAAACACACACACACACACACGUAGAGAAAACACACCGUUUUGUUCAGAGCGUCACCGUAACGUCUCUCGCGCUCGCUCUCUCUCUAACACACACACACACACAAACACACUGUGUCUGUCUCUCGCACAAAGUGCAGCUGAGCCGCCUCCGCUGGCCGCACUUGCCGCUGCUAAUUCCUCUGCCACACCAACGGCACCGCGCUGCUGCCGCUGCCUCAGUCGAAAGUCAAAAGCAACGUGUUGUGGACGCUUUUUUUCGUCGCGUUGCGUUCGCUACCUUUUACACCUUCUUCUUUUUCUUAAACUCCUGCACCCACCAACACCACCAAUACCAAUACCACCACCACCUCCACCACCAACCACCAACAAUAUCAGCUGCACCAUCCCACCACUACCACCACCACCACCACCACCACCAUUGACCAGACCAUCUCCAACCACCGCCACUAUCAUCAUCAUCAUCAUCAUCAUUAUUGCCGCAAACUUUCACCAACAAAAACAAAACCAUGUCCAGCAGCAGCGCCGCCACAGCCGCAGCGCAAUACAAACUUGACGCCAAUUCCAAUGCCAUAGCGUUGAUUGCAGAUGCUGCUGUUGCUGCCCCCGCCUCUCUGACCACAACAACAACAACAGCCACAACAACAUCGCCCUGCCCCUCACCAUCAACGGUAAACGCUGCCGCUGCUGCAGUCAACACAGUCGCCGUGAGCAGCGAUCGCAUCGAAUGGUCACGCGCCACCAUUUUGGGUUUCAUCGAGGACUAUCGUCGUCAACGUGUCCUAUGGGAUCCAAACACAAAGGGCUAUCACAUCAAACAAACCAAAUAUGAGGCCCUCAAAAUGCUUAGCCAGAAAUAUGGCACCGAAAUCCGUUCCAUACGCUCAAAGAUCAAAUCGCUGCGCAGCUCAUUCCAUCGGGAGCACGGCAAAGUGCUGAAUGGACGCAGUCGCGGCGUUAACUAUCAGCCCAUGUGGUUUGCCUACGAGGCCAUACGUUUCAUAUUGGAUGGGGAGCGAUGUGAUGUCGAGGAUGUGGAUACAAUUGCUGCCGGCGGCGAUAUAAAUGAAUCAUCAUCAUCAUCUGCGGUUGUUGCUGCUGGUGCCACCACUGCCGAAGCGGCUGAGAAAUUGGUUCUAAUGCAUAGCCUAGAUUUGGAACAAUUGACAAAGCAACAGCACCACCAUCACCAACACCACCACCACCAACAACAACAACAACAACAACAGCAGCAACAAUCACAACAGCCACAGGUGGUUGUUGUUGAGCCACAUGAAGAGUUUGCCGCUCGUGUUGCUGCCGCUGUUGCUGUUGUACAAGCUGCUGCCGCUGCAGCAGCCACAGCUCGUGAUAGGGACAGGGAUCGAGAUCAUCAGAUGUUGGAUACCAGUGAAAUGGAUCCUUCGGCUGUUGCCACCAUUGAGGCCAUAACAACGGCGGGAGGCGGCGGCGGUGGCGGAGGCGACGGUGGUGACGAUUGCUGUGGUAUCGACGAUGACAAUGACAGCACCACCACCACCACCAAUAACAACAACAACAACAACAAUAACAAUGGCAACAACAACAACGACGCAGUUGCGGCUGCUGCCGCUGCCGCUGCCUCCUCCUCAGCUGCUGUGACACGUUCCUCUUCCGAAUUGGAUGGCGAGAAUUAUUGCAACAUUAGUGCCGAUGAUGUGAAAACCGAAAUUAUUGAACAUGAAACAGAGCUGGGUAUACUCGAUCGACGGACUAGCACACCAUCGCCCAUUAAUUAUUAUAAGGCAACCGAUUUAACCUAUAAUCAUCGCAAGCGUAAGGCACAAAUGGAUGAGAAUGGUUGCGAUGGAGUAGGAGUAGGAGGAGGAGGCAUCGGCAUUGGCAUUGGUGUUGCUGGCGUGGGGUCAGUUCUGGAACAACAUGUUGUUGGUGCCUUGACACUGACGCCCAUUACAAAGACGGCAACGUCACAACAAAUGACGAACCACAGGCAGCUAGCAUUUCAGGCCUUACAGCAGCAUUUUAACCACAACCACAGCGGCAUCAGCAUCAACAGCAGCAGCAAUAGCAGCAACAACAAUAAUAAUAUCAGCGGCAGCAGCAACGGGAACAACAAUAACAACCACAAUGAUAGCAGCCAUUGCAAUGGGCAAAUGCAUCUGCAACACCACCACCAACACCACAACAACCACCACCACCACCACCAACACCACCAACAACAACAACAACUACAACAGCAACAUUCCAAUAACAUGGCACUAAAACGUGAUCGUGAUCGUGAUCUCUCAUCGUUGGUGAAUACGUCCACUUCCUUGGAGCUAACUUCAAGCUCAAGUGCUACAGCAGGAGCAACAAUUUCAUCAUCGUCAUUAUCAUCAGGAGCAGCAACAUCAUCAUCAUCAGCUGCAAUAGCAACAACAAGUGCCUCAGCCACGCCCAUUAAGCCAAGCCAUAUAGAUGAAUAUGGUAUAUUUGGUGAAUAUGUGGCCAUUACCAUAAGGAAACUAAAGACAACCAAAUCAAAAAUCGUUGUCAAACAUCUGAUCAAUAAUUUAUUAUAUGAGGCCGAAUUGGGUAAAUAUGAUCAUGGUAUACCCGCCUCCAAAGAGCCACCACAGCUAUAUAAAAUGCAAUAGAAUGCACCACCAUCACCACCACCACCACCCACCUCAUUCAUACCCAGGCGGAGGACGAGGCGGCGGAGGAGGAAAAGCAGCUGGAGUUGGCGGCAGGCGUAUCAUAAGGCAUCAAACAGAUCUGGCGGCAUUUUGUAGUUAAACAUUUAAACUAAUAACGCACACUAGUCAAAGGUAAAAAGCAAAGCAAUAGUAAACCGUAUAUAUACAUAUAAAAAAAGGAAACCAGAGACAGCAGAAUUCUAAGGGCUAUACCAAAAUUGUUUGUUUUUUUUUAUGAAUUCUUUUUUUUUUUUUUGUUGUCGGUAUAGAUAGGUUGAGAUAGGUUUUCGGGAACAGAAUAUAUCGUAAGCCUUUUAGGGUAAACGAGUUCAAGUUAUAGAGCAUUUCAUUCAGGGACAAAGACCAUAUAGAAGUACUUUAUAUAAAUACAAAUAUAUAUACAUAUACAUACGAACAUAUAUCUAUAUCUCUAUCGUCUUUCGGCGAUCCAUCAACGAUAUCAAUGAGUGAUAUCAAAAAGUCAGUAGUCAAUCAGUCGAUAACCCACAAAAACCGCAAACAAAAACAGAGUGGAAACAACAACAACAACAAAAUCGAAA